CGCGGGGCGGGGGCGGAGACUGCGUGGCGCAGGCGCGGUGCUAAGCUUCUCCUGGGUCCCCAGACAGCUGGAGGAGAUAAACAGAGGAGGAGGAGGGAGGGGAGUGCGUGUGUGAGAGCGCGCGAGGGAGUGUGAGUGUGUGUGAGCGCGGGUGUGAGGCGGUGCGCAGGGGCGGGCGGAGGCGCUGUCCGGCCCCGGCCAGGCGCCGGGCGGGGAGCAUGGGAAGGGGCUAGAGCUGCCCGGGUCCCCCAGCCCCCUCCCCGGGAUCCGCGCCCCCACUCCGGGGAGAGGGGCCGGGCCCCCCGGACGGACAUGGGCUCCUGAAGUUGCGACGCCGCCGCCGGUCCUGGGAAGAGGCCUGACAGGUAAUUAAAUGUGUGUCUUGUGGACCUGGGCUUGGUUGGAAUGCUCAAGUGUCCUGAAGAUCCUUCUAUAGCUUCCUUCUGUUGAAUCUAUUAAGAGAAGAUGGCAAAAGUCAACAUAACUAGAGACCUCAUCCGUAGGCAGAUCAAGGAGCGGGGUGCCCUGAGCUUUGAGCGGCGCUACCAUGUCACUGACCCCUUUAUCAGACGGCUGGGCCUGGAAGCAGAGCUGCAGGGUCACUCAGGAUGUGUCAACUGUCUGGAGUGGAAUGAGAAAGGAGACUUGCUGGCCUCUGGUUCUGAUGACCAGCACACGAUUGUGUGGGACCCGCUGCACCACAAGAAGCUGCUCUCCAUGCACACAGGACACACUGCAAAUAUCUUUUCUGUCAAGUUCCUUCCUCACGCUGGGGACCGAAUCUUGAUCACAGGGGCAGCUGACUCCAAGGUGCAUGUCCACGACCUGACAGUAAAGGAGACGAUCCACAUGUUUGGAGACCACACCAACCGGGUGAAACGCAUCGCCACGGCACCCAUGUGGCCCAACACGUUCUGGAGCGCCGCUGAGGAUGGGCUUAUCCGCCAGUAUGACCUUCGGGAGAACAGCAAACACUCGGAGGUGCUGAUUGACCUGACAGAGUACUGUGGCCAGCUGGUGGAGGCCAAGUGCCUCACUGUCAACCCCCAGGACAACAACUGCCUGGCAGUAGGGGCCAGCGGGCCCUUUGUGAGGCUCUACGACAUUCGCAUGAUCCAUAACCACAGGAAAAGCAUGAAGCAGAGCCCUUCAGCAGGUGUGCAUACCUUCUGUGACCGGCAGAAGCCCCUUCCAGACGGUGCAGCCCAGUAUUACGUAGCAGGUCACCUGCCAGUGAAGCUGCCUGACUACAACAACCGUCUGAGAGUGCUGGUUGCCACUUAUGUAACCUUCAGCCCCAAUGGCACAGAGCUGCUGGUCAACAUGGGAGGAGAGCAGGUCUAUUUGUUUGACCUGACUUACAAGCAGCGGCCAUACACAUUCCUCUUGCCUAGAAAAUGCCACUCCUCAGGGGAAGUUCAGAAUGGCAAGAUGUCUACCAAUGGUGUGUCCAAUGGCGUGUCCAAUGGCCUGCACCUUCACAGCAAUGGCUUCCGGCUCCCGGAGAGUAGGGCACAUGUCAGCCCCCAGGUAGAGCUGCCCCCAUACCUGGAGCGCGUGAAACAGCAAGCCAAUGAGGCUUUUGCCUGCCAGCAGUGGACCCAGGCCAUUCAGCUUUACAGCAAGGCCGUGCAGAGGGCCCCUCACAACGCCAUGCUCUACGGGAACCGAGCUGCUGCCUACAUGAAGCGCAAGUGGGAUGGUGACCACUACGAUGCUCUGAGGGACUGCCUCAAGGCCAUCUCCCUAAAUCCAUGCCACCUGAAGGCACACUUCCGCCUGGCCCGAUGCCUCUUUGAGCUCAAGUACGUGGCUGAGGCCCUGGAGUGCUUGGAUGAUUUCAAAGGGAAGUUCCCGGAGCAGGCACACAGCAGCGCUUGUGAUGCAUUGGGACGUGACAUCACGGCUGCCCUCUUCUCCAAAAAUGAUGGUGAGGAGAAGAAGGGAGCUGGUGGUGGUGGCGGUGGCGGCGGCGGUGGCGGCGGCGGCGGCGGCAGCGGCGGCGGCGGCGGCGGCCCCGUCCGCCUCCGCAGCACGAGCCGCAAGGACUCCAUCUCAGAGGAUGAGAUGGUGCUGCGGGAGCGAAGCUACGACUACCAGUUCCGCUACUGUGGCCACUGCAACACCACCACGGAUAUCAAGGAGGCCAACUUCUUUGGCAGCAACGCUCAGUACAUCGUCAGUGGCUCUGACGAUGGCUCCUUCUUCAUCUGGGAAAAGGAGACCACCAACCUGGUCCGCGUGCUCCAGGGGGACGAGUCCAUCGUCAACUGCCUGCAGCCACACCCCAGCUACUGCUUCCUGGCCACCAGCGGCAUUGACCCUGUUGUGCGGCUGUGGAACCCCCGGCCAGAGAGUGAAGACCUCACAGGCCGCGUUGUGGAGGACAUGGAGGGCGCGUCCCAGGCCAACCAGCGGCGCAUGAACGCGGACCCGCUGGAGGUGAUGCUGCUCAACAUGGGCUACCGGAUCACGGGCCUGAGCAGUGGGGGCGCCGGGGCCUCGGACGACGAGGACAGCUCCGAGGGCCAGGUGCAGUGCCGGCCCAGCUAGAGCCUCCCGGCCUUGGCCCAGCCCCUGCUGUUGCUGGAUCCUCGCCUGGGCAGGAGGUCAGGGGGUUCUGUUUUAGUUUGUCUUCCCCUUCCCUCCAUUUUUUCAUUUUCCCUGUUUUGUUUGUUAGUUUGGCAUUGGGGUGGGGGUUGCUACAACUUGCUGGCUUUCGGACUUUUGGGCGGAUUGGCCCUUGACUGGCCCCAGCCCUGAGCAGCAGAGCAGGAGGGGAAGCUCCUCCAUAUGCCCCCCACCUCCCACUUCCCUGUCCCUGGAGGGCACUGGCCUGUGUCAGGUGGGGAGGCAAGGGCUGAAGCUGUCUUCAAGGACUGCCCGACCCUUCAGUUGGCAGCAGGACGAGGAGUGGGAUUCCCAGGCUGUCAGGGCUAGCCUUGACCACUUGCUGCGUUUGCUCCUGGCGGGCAAAGCUAGCUCCUUCGUGGUCUUCAGGGAAGGUUUUGAAACAGGAUAGGGUCCCCUCCCUUCCUCCAGAGCCACUGUGUCAGGGUGGAAACAGAAGUAAGGAUGUGUGCCCUGGAGCAGGCAUGGCCAGGCCACUGCCUCCUUGCAGUACAGCAUCCUUGCCCUCGUCCCAGGCACUGGCUCUGGGUCCUGCGCCUGCUCUCAGGGGCUCAGCCUUUCCCAAGGGCCCUGGCAGAGGGUGGGGCACCGCAUCAUACCCCACCCAUCUGUGCCAGCCCUUCUGCACUCGCACUCGGAAGGGCCACUCUCCUCCCUCGGGGUGGGCGCUCUUUGGCCUCACUGUGACCUUCCUGCCAGAGCUCCCAGCCAGGCCUACUCUCGCUGAGGUGGCACUCCCUGCUAGGGCCUUCCAGGCCCUCUCUGCCCUCCCUCCCACCCCACAUGCUGAGCCGCCACAAAGACCAAAGAAGUGAUGGCUUUUCUAGUCCCCUGCUGCUCUGGGGGGAGGGGUGGGUCUCCUGAGCCACUCAGAUGGGAAAGUCCUAACUCAGCCCCCUCCCUCCUCAGCAGCCUGAGCUUUACACUGGAUGCAGCAGUCACCCCACCACUCACCAAGCCUCCCUCUUUACCCCCUUGGCUCUCAGCUCAGGGGCUGCUCCCGGUAGUUGGUUCAGCCUUCCUCCCCUCUCCCUCCCCUUUCAGCGCUCACUUGGCUCCAGCCCUCCAGCUGCAGCCUCUGGAGAGAAGCGGCCUCCCUCCCUCCCUCCCUCCCUCCCUCCCUCCCUCCACCCUGUCUCUGCCAGGUGCCUCCUCUCAGUCAGGCUUCAGAGAAGCCCUGGAGACCGGAGGACCAUGUUAAAAGCUUUUUCACAGUUUUAAGAAGAUGAGGGGUAUGAGGGGUGGUGAGGAUAGUGGUGGGGGGUCUGGCACCAUCUAGUCAUUGCUUUAAUCCCAGCAACACAGGUGGCAGCUCCUCCCCCUUCCUCUCCACCCCAUCCACCCCUCUCUUCUAGCUUGGUAAUGAAGUAUAUUUAUUGGUGAAGGAAACAGCUGCUGCUGCUUCUCCUGCUGCUGGGACUUGCUCCCCAUCUCUUCUCCAAGACCUUUCUCCAGCCGGGAGGGGAGAGCGGGAGCACUGGGGCUGGGCCCUGGGGCCCAAGGACCAGCAGGGGCCCCUUUGCUUUCCUGUGUUCGAGCCACGCCAUUUCCUCUCUCCCUGCCUCCCACCCUCUUCCCUGCCUCCUGCCCCUGCCUGCCCAGCCUGGGCCCUGCAGUGUGGAGAGACACAUAAGCCUUACUGUCCUCUGGGGGCAGGAGCCGAGCCUUUUUGUUGCUCCGCUCCCAGGAGAGUGAGGGUGACGCAAUUGAUUAAAACCAUUUUGUUCUA